AUGCUCCCCUCAUGGCUGAGCAAAAAGUCCAACAAUCUGCAGGCUUCCAACCAACCAGAUCACAUAUCUAAAACUUCCCAUUCGACAGUGGAACUGACUGGAAAUUCAUCACAGUCUGCAAUUCCCAUCACAGACGACGAUCACAACGAUAUUCACGAACACAUCUGGGAUCCCAGCACAUACUCUGCUCCAACUGAACAGGACGCUCUCAAACUAAAUACGUCAGCUACUAGUACUAGUACAUCAAGCGACUUGAGGUCGCUGGGACAUUCGACUGAGCCAGCAAGGUUUCUGACACCACAUGAUGACAUUCUCGCCGAACUCCAGGGAUACUUACCCUUGGGUGGUCCUCAGGCUGCAGAGCAGCAAUCUCUACGACCGGAUGCUCCCCUAGGAUCUUCCCUCAAUCUUGGCCCAAGCAUUGUUGACAACUCGUUGUUCACCUCCGAAUCAUUGCCCAAUCAUGAGCCAGCCAAGGAGAUUAUGUAUGAACCGUCCACCGGUCAGAGGUUAUACGACUAUGUACCGACGCCGGUGCGGUCGGGUACUGACGAUGAACUGUGGUCCCAUCUAUCACAUAUCUUGGAGCUCCAGAGUGAAAUUUCAAAGAUGCAUGUUGAUAUGGAGAAUGUCGGCUUGCGGACUGCACGAGGUCAUAAUGGACCAGUUGUCCCUGAGCGCGGAGGAAAGGCAGGCACCACCAGGAGCGAGGCGGGAAAGGAUAGGAGGAGAAGUGAUACACUCGGAGAAGAGGAAGGUGAUGAUGAAAGUGAUGAAGCGACCGAAGGAGAAGAUUCGGAUGACAACGACGAGGUAUUUGGGAAGAGGAAACGAGAAGAACAAUUCACAAGACUGGCGGAGCGGUUUGCGGAGAGAAAAGUUUCUAUUGACGCCGUCAUGAAUAAGUUGGACAACCUUUCGAGCGCACUCAAGGCCUUCCAUGCGCUACCCACUCCAGUACUUGAUCUUACAUGCUUCUCGCACCAGUACCAUGUCUUCCAAUGCUCCACUGGUAACCGAUCGCACUACUGGUGUGGCCCCCGCAGGUACCUCGACGACAUCAGCUCCCCCUCCCCAGUGGGCAUGCAUCACACACAAUCCAUCCUCGAUCGCAGUGUCGGGAAGAAGUAG